AUGGAUCUAAGUGCUGAUGAUACUUUCUUAUCUAAUUUCCCUCCUUUGUCCCAUAUAUGUAUUCUUCAUUGUUCAUUUUCUGUAUGGUACGCACGUUAUCGUUCUAUUACACCUAAAGCGAGAGUCAUUAAGCCUUUACCUUCAACGUUUAUUGCAUAUUUGAAUCAAGAUGGCAUCGUUCUUCCUCAUGGAAGUGAUAAAGAUUCGGUUAAUAGUUCAAUAGAUGAAUUAAUAGAUUCGGAAAUGGACAUUCCAGAAAACCCAGUUAUUGCUUUUCAAGCUUUAGAUGACGAAAUUACUCGUACGAUUGAAUCACUUAAUGGUGCUGUUUUUCCAAAACUUAAUUGGUCUUCGCCUAAAGACGCUGCAUGGAUUACACCUAAUCGAAAUCUGCGUUGUACAAGUGCUUCAGAUAUUUAUCUUCUUUUUAAAAGUUCAGAUUUUAUUGCUCAUGAUUUAUUCCAUGCUUUUGAUGAUUGUAUACCGUCUAGUGAUGUUCAUGUUGAAUAUGAACUUGUUUUGAAACAAUGGUUUACAAUAAUUCCAUCUAUGGAAUUUCGUUGUUUUGUUAAACAACGCCGUCUUAUAGGUAUUUCUCAGCGUGACUUGAAAUAUUAUGCUUUUCUCGAAUCAUUGAGACCUAUUAUUCUAUCUCUUACUGUAGAUUUAUUUAAUUCUCACUUGAAGGAUACUUUUCCUGACGAAAAUUUCAUUUUUGAUAUUUAUAUUCCCCCGUCAAAGUCCAAAGCAUGGCUAAUCGAUAUUAAUCCUUGGCAUUAUAAGACAUUAUCGCUUCUAUUUUCUUGGGAAGAACUUUUAAGCGAUUCAUUGCCUUUUAGCAAUGAUUCCCCUCAACUCCGUUUUGUAGAUGUUGAUAGUCAAUCAUGGGGCCCUUCACAAUUUGCAUCACAACGGCUUUCUGAAGACAUUUUACAUGCAAAUACAUCUGAUUUUGAUAUAGAAAAAUAUAUAGAAAAGCUUCAAGAUAUGAAUAUUACUACAAAUGCUACUAACAACACGAUCAUGACAAAAUGA